AUGGACUGGGGGGGAGACCUGGUCAACAGUCCCUACAAGCCACGCAAAAACCCGAUUUUCCUUCUGGAUCUGGUCCUAGAUGCCUCUGGAGUCCAUUUCAGCACCCCGCUGGAGAAUUUUGAGGUUACCCUGAUGACGUUGUUUGAUAAAGGGAUUCUGGCGACUCAUAGCGUGCCUCAACUGGAGAAGUUUGUCCUGGAGGACCUCUUUAUUAGCGGCACCCCACUGCUGGAAUCUGUGGGCCUUCACGAGCCUCCGGUGGAAGAAUUGCGCAGCAACAUCCGCAAUGCCAUUUGUAAAGCCCUGAUACCAUUGAAGGCGUACGCAAAGCAAUACGAGAAAUUCCUGGUGCUCAACAACACCGACAUCGACACAUUCAUGAAGAUGUUCCAGGAGAAGAACCCCUCAGCGUCA